AUGGCCUGGGAUUCGGCAAUAGUUCGUCUUGAUCUCAACGCGGGUGAGACCACGACACGGAGUGACCUGCUGGUGGAAGCAAGGGGUUGGCUUCUAUUCUUCAAAGAAUCAUGGGCGCCCGCCCCUGACCUAGAGCAAGAACUGCAUGCACGACGAGCUCUUAUGGAACGAUGGGCCUCUGCGGACCAAAGCUUUCGCGAUGUCAGUAUUGAAUCUUUUACUUCUGAUUUCAAGGGAAAGGACUGA